UUUGAGACUUGACUUGAGUGUUAAAUUUUAAAUUGAGGUUAUGCUUAUUGCUUAUGAUAGGGCAAAGGACUUAAUAUUAUAACUUAUAAGUGAAAAUUAAUAAAACCUGUAAAAUUAUCUACUUAUAAUUAUAAAAUUCCAUAAUAAGAAUGCUAAAGGGGCUUGUAAGUUUAGUUACUGGAGGUGCUUCAGGUCUUGGAAAAGCGACCGUGGAAAGGUUGAUUCAAAAUGGGGGCAAGGUUGUUAUAUUGGAUGUUCAAGGCACAAGGGCACAGGAGUUGAAAAAAAAACUUGGGGAUGAUGUCCUUGUUUCUGUUGGUAAUAUAACGUCUGAAGAGGAUGUUUUAAAAGCGUUGGAUUUAGCCAAGUCGAAGUUUGGUAAAUUAGACACACUAGUCAAUUGUGCUGGUCACGCUCAGACAAGUCAGGUUUACAACUUCUUCCAGGACAAAGAAACAGAAAUGGAACAUUUUGUUAAUUGCAUAAAUGUAAACACAAUAGGCACAUUUAAUGUCAUAAGGUUAGCAGCAGGCUUAAUAGGCAAGAAUGAACCAACAGAAGAUGGUCAGAGAGGUGUUAUAAUAAAUACAGCAUCAACUAUAGCAUACGAGGGUGAUAUUGGUCAAGCAGGUUACGCUGCAUCAACAGCUGCAAUUGUUGGAAUGACAUUACCAAUAGCAAGGGAUCUUGCUCCGAGGGGUAUCCGAGUUGUAACAAUAGCACCAGGAUUUUUUGACACACCCUUAAUAACAUAUUUACCAGAGAAGAUGAUUGAAUUCUUGAAACGAAUGACUCCGUUCCCAUCAAGAUUAGGCAAGCCAUCGGAAUAUGCUCAUCUUGUUACUAGUAUAAUAGAAAAUCCAAUGUUAAAUGGUGAAGUUAUAAGGUUAGAUGGAGCUCAAAGGUGGUUCCCGCUAUAAAUAUAUUCUAGGAAACAGUGUUGAUUCUCUUGUACAUAGUUUAUAAGCUAAUUGGCAGGAAUUUAACAAGUAAACUAGUUGUUUUUUUUUGCUGAAAAUUACGCCUGUCUGUCUGGCUUCCCUUUCUCUUAAGCAUACGGCAGCGGUGAGCAGGCUCCUCUUUCACUCCAACCAUAGCGCUAGCCGUAUUUCGUACAGUUUAAGUUCUUAGUAUCACUUCUGUCGGGCGUCCUAAUAUGAAGAUAAAAAUACAUUAAAAAGAAACGUCGCGGAAAAUUAAAGAAAAUAAUUCUGAAUGAUGGCAACAACACCUUACAAUCACAAGGACCAACCAUUCCAUCCAGAUGAACUAAUAAGUUCAAAAAAGUAUUUCGUCAAAAUAGAUCAAACCAAUUUAGACGGAAAAAAAUUCAAACAUAAUAUAAAAAAAAUGAGCCAUAAUUGCUUAUAAAAUAUUUAAUAUUAAAUAUUCCAGUUUCAUAGCAUUUCUCAAUAACAUACGUGAAAUUAGAAUAUUUAAUAAUUAUUAUUUUUUCAACUUAAGUGCUUUAAGAUUGUGUAUAACAGAAUCGAUACCAAU